AUGGUUCACUAUUCACUUGACCCAGAAAAACCCACAAAAUCUUGCAAAUCAAGAGGUUCAAAUCUUCGUGUUCACUUUAAGAACACUCGUGAAACUGCCCCGGCCGUCAAGGGUAUGCAUAUUCGAAAAGUCACCAAGCAUCUGAAGGAUGUAACUUUACAGAAGCAGUGCGUGCCAUUCCGUCGUUACGAUGGUGGAGUUGGUAGGUGUGUUCAGGCCAAACAGUAGGGUUGGUUCCAAAAGAGUGCUGUAUUUUUGCUGCACGAGCUUAAAAAUGCAGAGAGCAAUGCUGAACUUAAGUCACUUAAGGGUUUAGAUGUAGACUCUCUGGUCAUUGAGCACAUCCAGGUGAACAAGGCUCCCAAGAUGCAGCAUGGAACUUACAGGGCUCAUGGGCGGGUUACCCCAUACAGGAGCUCUCCCCACCACACUGAGAGGAUCCUUCCUGAGAAAGAGCUGAUUGUUCAUAAAACAGAAGAGGAGGAUGCACAGAAGAAAAAGAUAUCUCAGAAGAAACUGAAGAAACAAAAAUUUAUGGUCCAGGAGUAAAUUCAGCAUAAAAUAAAUACUAAUAAAAGUAAAAAAAUAAAUAAAUAAA